CAAACACCGAAAAGAACAGAAAAGACGGAAGAAAAGUAAGAAAAGAAGCAAGCGUAAGAGAAAAUCCAGUUCCAGCGAGGACUGGAGUGAUAGCGACUCUGACAGUGAUGAGGACCAGGAACAGUGGGUGGAGAAAACGGCAGGUGUUAAAGGUGACGGCAGCGUGGUUGGGCCCCUGCCCAUGGGGUCCUCGUCUGGCACCACUGCUCUGAUAGAUUUUGGGAAAGCCUUGUUGCCAGGUGAGGGUGCUGCAAUGGCUGCCUAUGUUGAGGCCGGCAAACGUAUCCCACGUCGUGGUGAGAUUGGCCUGACCAGCAAUGAAAUCUCCAAAUUUGAAGAUGCAGGUUACGUCAUGAGUGGUAGCAGACAUCGUCGUAUGGAAGCCGUGCGUAUGCGUAAGGAAAACCAGAUCUACAGUGCAGACGAGAAGCGUGCCCUCGCCUCCUUCAACAAGGAGGAGAGAAGCAAGAGGGAAGACAAGAUCUUACGGGACUUCCGAGAGAUGGUUCACAAGAAAGUCAAGGAGAGAAAGUAACUCAGAUAGCAGUCCUUGCCUCCAUCCCUGAGGAGGAACAGUUUUCCAAGACCCUCGCAAGAUCCUCGUGAGAAUCUCGGUUAUUAGCCUAUUUGAGGGCGCUGUUUAAUUUGGGUAAAAUCUUUUAUGUUUACUCCAAAAUGACCAACGUCCAGAAGUGCCCUCCAUUGUAUCCUCCAUGCUUCAAAAAGGUUAAACUCAGAGAUGCAGCCCCUCGCUUCCUCUUCAGUGAUGGAGCAAGGCUAUGUUCAUGUGCACAUUGAUAGACUUUUAGCAAAAUUACUAUCGAAAUUUAAUACACAGUUGGUCAGUGUACUUUUGGACAAACACUUCUGCUGUUACUUUGUGUUCUGUAUACUUUUAUCAUACAUGUACAGUUGAACACGAUUAACACGAGCACGCUUGAGACGAGAUCGCGUUUACAAUUACCAGCUUAUUUCUUGUACACGUUCCUAUGAGACAAAACUUACUUAUAUGAGCUGUGCUAAGCCGAGGACACGGACAGGACGAGCACUUUUCCCUACCCGCAGUGUCAAAAACCAUUGUCCAUGGCAUUUUUAAAAGGAGUACAAUUGAAAACGCCUCUUCAAGAGCUUGAUCCCAGUAAAUCCUGAUGGAGCGCGUCAGUAGUUCUCCAAUAAUAAUAUCCCCUCGACACUUUGUGCUGCGGUUUUACUGCCGAUGACUUGGCAACUCUGUUCCUUGUGCCACUAGAGGGUGCUUUAUUCAAGACAACAAAGGGUGUUGCAAUGACAACUCAAAGGAGUUUCGGUCACAGCAGGUCUGGUCCGAAAGAGGGUUUUUUAAAAUUUAAAUCGAACAAUGGGUGAACCUGACUCAAAAAUCAUAAAUGGGACAGAAGUUUUGAUGCCGAGGAAAACAAAUACACAAACGAUCCUUAUCAAAGACCCUGCAUGGUCAAUGGGAAGAAAAUUGAAAUAGGUUUUAGAAAUUUCACCCUUCUUAAGUUCCCUUCCUUCAUUUAACCGAUGUCCCACAUUCCACUUUCAAGAUAAAACUUGCACAACCCUGUCGCACAUUAAAACUGUAAGUUCCUGUUCCAUCAAUUAAAAGAACGUUUCUGCAUCGGGUACCAGUUUCCAGAUAGUACUUGGCCACACUGCACGGCGUGAUGCAGCCGGCCAUUUACACCACUAAUCUCUGCUAACAUUUUCAAAACCUUUGUGUUAUUCGUUUGAAUCAUAUUGAUAAGAACAUUUUAAAUAAAAUUCAUGAAAAAGUUAAAGGCUGGUACAUGUACAUGAAGUACCAAUCCACUGCAUAUACUGUCCUGUAUCAUUCAUGUACAGCACAUCGCCGUGGUAACAAUGCUUACUGGUGUACGAAGCCAGGCUUACGCUUUAUGAAUGGGAUAAGUGUCAACACGUAUAACACGAGGUUCACCAUAAGACAAAGUUUCUGGGGAGUCACAUCAAGCUGGUAUUAAUCGUGUCGACUGUAAUUCAUGUACGUUUAUUCUCACAUUUACAUAUUUUUCUUUCAUUUAAUAGCAUUCAUGUUUGCAUAAUUUAUAACAAUGCUAGACUUCACAAAUUGCAUUGAUAAAUUUGUACAAGGAAAGACUGUAAUUGAUAGGAUUCGCAUAAAUAUUUGGAACUUUAUAUUAUUGCCUGCUUUUAAAAACUGAAAAACGGUUUCCAGGUAUGGUGCACUUGACAUCUCCCCUUUGUCCUCUCUCUUUAGGCAACCAGACUAACCGCAUUGUACCCAUCACACUGUUUAGCCCAUCCAGUGCCCCACUCCAGCUUUUGGUUCUUUUUUUCCUCUUUGCAAACCUCACCCCUUGGUCAAAGUUUUACAAGCUGUAGUAUUUCCGAGUGUACAUGCACAUUGCUGUAGCAUUGGAAAGUCUUUUCCUGUAAAAUACCCAAUUGCAAAUCGGUAGGUUGCUUGGCAUAAAAUUAUUAGUGAACUAAAAUGGUUUUUGUUUCGGGUAUAUGGACUAAAAUCACUAGGUGUGUGUAAUUAUAGAGCCAUUAGAAAUCUAAAUAUACAGCUACAUGUGUAUUUGAGGAUGAAAUAAAUGUUCAUUACCGUAAGUCAA